AUGGCUGGAUCCACAAUACAACAUGACGGUGAGGGGGAACAUAGGAUGGCAGAGAUAUCUAGAUUAGGUUUAUUUUCUCCAGUGAAUGAUACCGCCAAUUCUUCGAAUAUGGAUUCAAUGGAUACUUUUACUAGUAUAUCCACACAAACCUCCCCUAUGUUAGAUAUGGAACAAUUUCUUAAAGAAGAGAUCUUGAACCCAAUUGAUUCCAGUUACGGAUCACAUGAUUCAGAUAGUACUGUUAUUCAAUAUGCCCAAAAUGUUUGUAGAAACACUUUUGAAAUUGAUGCACAACUGAAUCAAAACUUUACAAAAGAUUUCCAUGCUCUAUCCACUAAGAAAAGGGCCAGUACUACUAUAAACAAAUUUGAGGCUCUGUUUAAUAGAUACAUAAACGCAGUGAGAGAAUCUGAAGAAGCCACAGACUUAGACAUACAUACUACAUUCGAAGAAUUCAAGUACGAUGUGAUCACAAAUUACCUAUCCAGAACAUCGACCCAUUUCCAUAGCGCUAUUGAGCUAGAUAAUAGUACCAAUGAAUAUGAAAACCAAGAUGAUGCUAAGGAGAGGUUAUUUAUCAAAUUACGAGAUACGCCAUAUGCAAUUUUACUACAUUCGGUGAUGCCAAAAUUGAUUGUUUUCAGCAUUGGCUCUUACAUACGCAAUAAUAUAAAGUUACUUGGGCUACGGGCAAAAAUAAGCUUAACUAUUCUGAUAACAUCCAUAGUAAACAUGGUCAAUAACGCCAAAAAUGGAGUAAAAUUUUAUGCAAAUCUAAUGAAAUACAGAACAAGGAAAUUGUUACGACGCAUUAGUGACCUAGAAAGAUAUUUCACAAAGGAAAAAGUCAGGAAACGUAAAGUUGGAACGUCCAAAGUGAACAUUUUAUCCAGUUCUGUGCAUUUUUUAAUCACAGUAUUGGUGAAAAGAAUACAUGGAUUUAUAAGGAUUGGAAUAAAUCCUAGCUCUCUUUGGAAUUAUCUUGUAUUAUAUGGGCUUGAUCAUAAUUUUGAGGAGUUAAAGGUUGUUAGAAGCAUAACGAAUAAUUCUGGGAAUUGUUCUUGUAUAUGGAACGAUCAAUUUGCUCGAUUGAUAAGAACCUUGGACUACGUGAAAAAGAUACUGCUUUGCGUCAUUAUGAGCUCCGUUGAAUUGAGGAAUAACGGAUUUGGCGAUGAGGAAAUAAAAAAAUGUAAGGCAUUUACUAGGAAAUUUUUAAACAAAUUUGGAUUUGAAGAUCCCAUAAUGAAGGAACAAAACUUACAAAUAUCAACAAGAAUUCUUUUCAUUACCGUUAAUGUUUCCGAUUUACUCGAUUUCCUAGAGAGUUUUCGAAAAGAACUUGGCUCUGGCGAUUAUGGUUACAACACUUGUGAGACUUCGGAAUUGGAUACUCUAAGCGAGACUAAUGAGGAUGAACGGGUCAAAGAAUUAAGUGAUAUCAUAGACCGAAUUACUACUAAAAUAGAUUUAGUCGAGUUAGGCAUCAAUUCUAAGGAGUCAAACAUGGAGCAUUUGGGAAAAGAAAUAGAUGAUUUAGUGAAAUGCUAUCGAGAAAUGGCUUCAGGAAAGUCUAAAAGAAUGACAUUUGACAAUAUCGAGUUGAAGAAGUUAAGAAUGAGCGAUAUUUUGCUAGACGAGUUUGAAGAAGAGCAGUUGAAAAAGCAUAGGCGGAGUAGCGGGCUUAAUGUCAGUUUGGUGUCUGUUGUCAAAGAAGAAGAAGAAGAAGAAGCCUGCGAGGACAUAGUUGUAGACGAACAAGCUACUGCCACGGAAGAGUUUAAGAAGACCCUUGAAAAACUGUGCAUGAAAAAAAUCCCCAAGGAGACCACAGGACUCGAUAGCUCUGUCUUAGCAUGA